UUUUCCUCGAGCAAUACGCGCGGUGGUAUAUAAAGCGAAAUACAACAACUUGGGCGGCUCAGUUGCUGUCGGUUUCAAGUAAAUUGUUGGCGCACAGCUUAAACGCGAACUCGGCUCAAGAAAAAGACAAAAAGAAAAAAAAAAAAACAAGAAACGACUUCAGUUUCAGUAUCAGUUUCAGUUUCAGUCCCGGUUCAUUAGAUCAAUUGAAAGUGAUUUUUGGUGCCAUUGUUAGCUGGCUAUUUUGGCUGGGUGUUGCCAGCGAAGGUCUUUUGAAGUGAUUGCAAUUAAAGUUUUUAAUCGAUUCGGAAUAGUUGCGAACAAAGAGUUGCAAACCAAGUGUACAAUAUGAAAGUGCUGGAGCGUUUACUGUUAAUCGGCUGUCUGGUUGGGGGUCUGGUUAGUGCACAGGACUAUCAAGUCUAUCAGCAGAGUGCACCACGCUCGGCACCACACAGACUGCACUCCACUGCCCAAGAGGAGACGCGUCCCACGCCCGUUCCCAUUCUAAAACAGAUCAACAAGCACAAUGAAGAUGGCUCGUAUACAUACGGCUAUGAGGGUGCCGACGGUUCCUUUAAAAUCGAAACAAAACUGGCAACCGGUGAGGUGAAGGGUAAGUAUGGCUACAUCGAUGCCGAUGGCAAGGUGCGCGUUGUGGAAUAUGGCGCCAAUAAGUAUGGCUUCCAGCCAUCUGGCGAGGGCAUCACUGUAGCUCCGCCCACACUGGUAGAUGAGUCCACCAAAGAGGAGCCCGACUAUGAGGAUGAGCCUCAACAACGUCCACAGCGUCCCUACCGAGUUCAGCGUCCUCAGCAACCGCCCCGAGCUCAGCCAGCACCAUCGCCUCCACGUCCACAACACCAACCACAACCGCAACCACAGUAUGUGCAGUAUGAGGAUGAGGAAGUGGAGCCACCACGUCGCCAACAGUACGCACCGCAAGCACAAUCUUCAUUGGGUCCAUCGCCGCCCCGUCUUCAAGUGCCUGGAGCACAGCGUUCCACAGAUGUGCUCUACUCGCCACAACAGCGUCCCGCCCGUCCCGAGCCAGAUUACUCGCAGUCUCAAAGCUUUGGCGAGGGUCCCUCCAAUGUGCGCAUCUCACGUCCUGUCUAUGCACUGCCUCCUGCUUCCCCGGCACCCAGCAGUGCACGUGCCCAGGGCUUCCUUGCACCCGCAUCUGGUGGUCGUCCGCUGCUGGAGCCUGUGCACUUUGGACCCACACAGGCGCCCAUUGCCCAGCCUGUGCAGCAGAGUAUUCCCCAGCAACAGCCACAGUCGAGUUACCAGCCGCGUGCCCAAGGACGUGCCGGUGGCAGUGGCAGCCUUCUAGAUCAACUCGCCCGGGAUUAUGCCUUGCCACAAGGCAACGCACAGCCACUGCACGAUAUUACCUUUGGAUAUUAUUAGAAGUGAACUGAGGAACUGGUAUUGGGUAGUUGGGCGGCCCAUUGGCCGUUUCUUUGAGUCAGGUGCAUACAACGAUACUCGAAUAACUCGAAUAGUUCCCAUUCCCUCUAUUUCGUUGCAACUAUUCUGCAUUCGCCAGUGAUUUCUUGCUUCUACGAGUAGAUUUUAGAAACUUUAAUCUAUAACCUGUAUUGUAUGUGUAUUCCAUUCGUAAGAAUUUGUUGUCGACGUUUUAUAAUUAAUAAAAAAUCAAUAAAUUUUUGUCCUAAUA